AUGACUGAUCUUGAAAUUCGUGAUAUUUUAUUUGACGCAUUCCUUGGUGGAACUGAUACAGGUGACAAUACGUGUCCAAUCACGAAAGACGAUUUUCACAAACUUAAAUACUGUAAAGUGAUAAUAAAAGAAGUUGAUCGCGUUCUACUGGUUGCAAACAUGAUGGUGAGAUGUAGUCAAGAACCUGAUGAAUUAACGGAUUAUAAAAUGGCCAGCUGGUACAAUGUUUCAUAUUAUUGGGAAGAACCCGAAAAAUUUAAUCCUGGUAGAUGGAUGGUUAAAGGUUUCGAACUAGAGAAAUAUUCUUUCAUCAUAAUAUAUGAGAUCGAUUUGGUGGAUAUGCAAUCUUCUUUAAAAACUGUAUUAACUACUAUAACCACUUGUCCUGAAUUGUUCAUUAAGGUUAGACCAAGAAAUUAA